AUGAUUCUAAAACUUGUAGUAAAUGCAGAAGGUGGUAAAGUAGGGACAAUGCAGCCAUGGAUGGCAUUAGGUGCUUCAUUGGUGGCAAAAGUUGUCGAUUACACGGUGGCUCCACUCGGCCAUCAACUAAGAUAUCUCUAUCAGUAUAAGAAAAAUGCAGACAAUCUGAGAAAGCAAGCUGAAUGGUUGCAAUGCACGACAGAUGAUGUCCAACAACUGGUGAACAAAGCCAAAAGAAACACCAGAGAAAUCAAAAGCACAGUUGAAAGUUGGUUACCAGAGGUAGACACAAUCACUGCUGAGAUCAAAUCAUGGGAUGAUGAACCGAAUUUGAGCAAAAUGCGGUUACCUCGUCUGGUCUCACGGUAUAAGCAGAGCAAGAUGGCAGCUAAGAAAAUUGUGACCAUCCAAGAACUUCUUGGUAGAACUCCCAAGGAAGAUGUAUCCAUCUUGCAGGCCCCUCCUUUGAAUAUACCAUUCAUUUCUGACCUACAAAAACCCAAAGAGUACCACAUUAUUGAGAUGGGGGCAAGUAGUUCAUCUGCUGUGGAUCAAAAUGUCAGUACAAAUGGUGCUUUGCUAACAAUGGAUCCAAUUAUUUCUAAUCAGCUAAGAAAAAAUGUAGCAAACAUUAUUCACCAGCAAAGAGAAGCAGUGCAUCAGAUCAUUGAGGAAUUGCACGACGAUCGCUAUGAGGCUAUAGGGAUCUAUGGCAUGGGGGGCAUCGGCAAGACUACUCUUGCCAAGGAAGUAGGGAAAGUGGCUAGAGACUGUGGAGUUGUUAAAGAAGUCAUAAUGGUGGUUGUUUCCCAAGAGCCAAACACAAGAGAGAUCCAGGGUCAAAUUGCGGAUAGGUUUGGUCUCAGACUUAAGGAGUAA